GUAAGUGAGAAAUUUUUUUUUCAGGGGGUUCAUCUGAACCCCUGGGUCUAACGUGGGUCCGCCCCUGGGCAUAGUGAGAGUGAAAGUGAGAGUGUGAGUGAUGAAGAGAACAAAUACAUGCUCAGUGAUUUACCUGAUUGCAUUCUCCUUCACAUUUUGUCAUUUGUGAGCACCAAAUCCGCGGUGCGAACUUGCAUAUUGUCCACGAGAUGGAAGGAUCUCUGGAAGCGUCUUCCUUCGCUCAUUUUACUUCCCUCAGACUUUUCGACAUUGAAGAUUUUCUCCAAAUUUGUGUCUAAGCUUUUGGAACUUCGUGAUGGCUCACUCCCACUGCAUAUCUUUGAUUUUAAGCGUCAUGAUUCUAUUGAGUAUAUUGUCCACAGACGGGUAGUAGACUAUGCUUUGUCACAUAAUGUUCAGCGAUUGGCAACGGCUGUGGAAUAUGACUGUUAUCUCCUCGCUCGCAUUUUUUCAAGCCAGUCUUUAACAUCUCUUAAGCUUUCAGUUCACCCUGGGCGAUUUAAUUUUCAGGACACUUUAUUUCCGAGUUCUUCAUGUCUGAAUUUGCCAGCAUUAACCAGCUUGCAUCUGGAUUGUUUCACCUUCCGCGGGAGUAACAAUGGCAUAGUCGAGCCCUUUUCGGCCUUUCAUAAGUUGCAUAGUUUGAUCAUUGACCAUUGUACGGUACAGGGUGCACAAACCUUCUGCAUCUCAAGUACAACGCUCGUCGAUGUAACUAUGAUUAAUCCUUUUGGGGGCUUUAAAAAAAUUGAGCUCUCUGCACCAAGUCUUCGAAGGUUUGAUUUUACUGGCUCCUCUCCUUAUCAGCGGCUUUGUGGGAGCAGUCUUUCUUCUGUUAAAGAAUUAAGUAUUCACGCAGAUAUGAGCUACUAUUCCUCAGAGGCUCCUUUGGUUCUACUCAGCUGGCUGGAAGAGCUUACUAAUAUGGAUUCAUUGACAGUUUCUACAGAUACUCUUCAGGUGCCUCCUUUGGUUCUCAACUUAAUUCCUGACUUUGUGAACCGUAAGUUCCCGUUCUUAAGUAACUUGAAGUCAUUAAAAGUUAUAGUUGCGGAGAGAAAGAAAGCUGCCACUGAGUCACGGAGAGAAGCUGCUAGGUUACGGAAAGAAGCUGAUUACUUAAGUGAAACAAUAUUUAAGCGUGCACGGAUACCUUCUGGAAUAGUGGACUUUUUGCUUCAAAACUCACCAUCAGCAAAAGUUGAGAUCAAAAGGUGCUAA